GGUGAGGGAGGAGAACAUUAUUGUCGUCAAUCUCAAGACACCAAUUGCGGGAAAGGUCCUGUCGAUAUCUUGCGAAGAAGAUGGCGGCGGCCAUGUCUGCGGCUAUGGCGGUCGUUUUCUCGGUGCUGCUAGUCUUGUCUCCCGUGCUUGUCGAGGGAAAUCCGGGACUAGACCUCCUCGAGGCAAUCAAGGGCCAUCAGAGGCUGCACCGUUUUCAUCAGGCCUUGGUCACGACUGGCUUCUCCAACGGCCUCAAUAACGCGGUGAACGCCAAGCCCACCACGAUCUUCGCCCCCGUGGAUGACGCCGUCGACACUGCCACCGCCACGUACUCGGUUUCCUGGGACUGCCUGACCCAGGAAAACGCCGGGAAGGCUGCUCUCAAGGAGACCCUCAAACAUCACGUAGUGGAGGGCGCAUUCCACACGCUCUGGAACUUGACGAAGACGAACCAAGUCAUCCCGGCCGACGGAUUUCCGAUCGAAGCCAUGUUCGACAAGGCGACCCACGUGGUCAUCCUGGACGGUUAUGUCCACGUGGUAGAGCCCGAGGCGAUCGUCAUGGAGAAUGCAAUCGUGCAUCUCAUCGAUGGAGUCAUCGUGACGGAAAGCAAUUACGCCCAGAUGGUCGACGUCUGCGGCCAGGCGCAGCCCUCCGCAUCGCCUUCUCUUGGCUUCGCGAGCGGAUUGUAAAUCGAGGGAGAAGGAGAGGAGGAGAAGGAGAGGAGGAGAGGGAGAGGGAGGAGAGGGAGAGGGAGGAGAGGGAGAGGGAGGAGAGGGAGGAGAGGGAGGGAGCGCAGUGAAAGAGAGAGUUGUCAUAAGAAGAUGAGGCCAGAAUGUGCAGGAGGGGUGAAGAAAAUGAGGCAAGCGGAAGAGCUGACUCUACGGCGGCGCGCGUGGUCGGCAGCGGGCAGCAGGGCGGUGAGCAGCGGGCGGCGUGCUCCACACUCUGCGGCAGCGUUAUUUGGCGGCAGGGCAGCAGAACGGAUUUCACCGGCGGCUGCUGUUGACUCGUCUCACCUUCUCUGUUUCCUCUUUCUCCUCUUAUCUAUCGCGUCAUCAUCGUCGCUGUCUCGGCGAGGUCGACGAUGCUAAGCCUUGUCCGAUUCUCGCUGCCGCCUCGAAGUUUUCCUAGA